AGCGCGUCUAUUGCCAAGGUGUGCGUAGAGGGUUGAAUGUACAGUCUUAUAGAAAUAAUGAAAGUACAAAAUAAAUGUAGUAUUAGCUGAACUUGUAAAUAAUUGAACAUGAGACAGUGAUUUUUUUUUUUUUUUUUUUUUUUUUGUCAAUGUUGACUUGAGGUUUUAUCUAUAACACUAGCUCAGCAGAUACCACAACAGCGUCAGAAACAACCCUGUCCACUUCGGCCACUCUCUCUUCAACUGCUUUUCAAGGUACAACUAUUAGUACAGUUGAAACAUCCACAAGACCAACAACUUCAAUACCAAUGGCUUCUUCCACAGUCCCAACAACUCUUUCUGGAAUAUCCACCAAUAGUGCAGCAAUUACCAUGACAGCACCACAAUCAACAGCUUCUACCUUGGCUUCAGUCAGCUCCUUUUCACCAGCCUUUGACACAUUAACCACUAGUGCUACAACGGUCAUCCCUUCUACGGAUUCUACAGCCUCUACAGCUUCUCCAGCAUCUACAGCAUUGACAACCAUUACAGUAUCUACAGCUUCUACAACAUCUACAUCUUCCAGGACAACUACUGCAAAAUUAGUAACUGAGGUGCUAACAGAUCUGGAGUUUCGCUCCACAGACACAUUUAUAGACGCACUGAAGGAUUCAAAGUCUGCAGAGCACAAGAAUAGGGCUAAGCUUGUCAGGGAUGAGCUUGAAGCAGUCUAUAGACCCAAGUAUGCUAACUUCCUCAAAGUGAUUGUCCUAGGAUUCAGACAAGGGUCAAUCAUCACAUCAACACAACUAGUCUUCAGCUUUAACCAAACUAUUCCAUCCAUUCAAGAGAGUUCAACCUUCCUCUUGAGAGCAGUGGAAACAGGAGAAGUCAAUCAACUGAACAGGAUUCCUCAAUCAAUUUUAGUCAAUGGUUCAGCUACAACUGUGGCUCCUGCAGCAGCCUAAGCAAGAACAUUAACUAAAGCAACCACUUCAACCACAGCAACUACAACUUCAGGUGGAUUAAAGAUUGAAUCCAGUCUGCUCCAAGCUACAUGCUUCAUUAUUAUGUCUAAAAUAUUUAGGCUUUCCCUAUAAAUCCCUUAAACAUAUAAAUCAAGCAAACGUGAGAUUGCAUCCAGACAUGCUGUUACAAACUAAACAGCAAAUCCAUUUUUCUCAUUACAUGGUUUAUAGUAUUUGCCAUUGCUGUACACACUCAAAUAAUGGUAAUAUAAGCUAGUAUAUAAAUAUAUUGCAUUGUUCUUCAGUUAACAGUAGACUAAUUAAGAAAAAUCUAUAAAUUUGUUGUA